AAGCCCACAGUAUCGGAUCGCGACUGACGAUGACGACGGCAACCUUGGCGAGCCCGACCGCGCUGGCGCAGCAUGUCACGGCGCAGCUGGCAGAUGCAUCUGCUGUGGACGUGCUGCCGCCUGGCUGGCUCCAGCGCUUUGUCGAUGAAGGCUUCAAGCCGGCAUCGCUACCGGCGUACUUCGAGGCGAGCCUGCUCGCGGCCGUGCAUGCAUCGGGCGCGACGCAGUACGACAGCGCCGAGACGUACCUCCAUGACCUCCACGACGCCCAUGCCAAGACUGUACCAAAGCGCGUGUGUGGCUACAUGUUCAAGCACAACGACAUUGCAUGGAACUGCCGCGACUGUCAAAUGGACGACACCUGCGUGCUGUGCCAGACGUGCUUCCAGCGCUCCGACCACACAGGGCACCAAGUCUUCUUCCAUCGAACGUCGCCCGGCGGUAUGUGCGACUGCGGUGACGAAGAGGCGUGGAAGCCAUCCGGCUUUUGCCCGCAGCAUCAGGGACAUGCCACCGGGACCGACUUGCCGCCGGCGCUGCCGAGCGCGAUCGCGCGCGUCGUGCAGGCGCUUGCGUCCGAGGUCGUCGGGCUUCUCACGCUUGUCGCGCAUCGCUCGGUCGCGUCCUUUGACGACGAGCUCGUCGCGCACGCUGCCGAAGCGACGCGGCAACAGCACUUGCGUCAGUUCCCGACCGACCUCCGGCCCAAACUCUUCCACGUCCGUGUCUCCAACGACGACGUGCACACGGACGAGGAGCUCAUCGUGUCGCUGCAGAAGAAGGGCUUCACGGCGGUCUUUGCCCAGACGUUUACACACAGCGUCGACAAGGCGGGCGCGGGCUCCCUCCGCCGACACGAGACCUUUGCCGACGCGCUCGCGCUCAUGCGCGUCCUUCUCGCCGAGAACUGGUUUGUCUCGAUCGUCGACGACGUGCACGAAGCGCUCGAAGAGGUGGCCACGGCUGCGCUCGGGACUCUCUUGUCGCUCACGGCGGUGUCGCCCUCGGUGCUCCAUACGCUCUUGCUCGCUCUCUUCGCACCGGUGCAAGCGAAUUACGCCGACAGCCACGACGACUACCGGCCGAUCCGCGUGCUGCUGCAAGCCACGCCGUUCUUGAAGAAGCCGCUCAUGCGCCAUUUGAGCCUCCUCUACCUCAAGCUCAUGGGCGACCGCGACCGCAAGCUCGAGUUUGCGCUGGUGUACGCGCGCGUGUAUAGUAAGCUGGCGCUGCAGUACUUUUGCGGGAAAGGCACGAACAAGGAGGCGCUCUUUGGCCUCGGCGUCCAGCUCUUCACGACGCCGUCGAUCGUCCAUGCCCUCGUCCAUGACCACGCGUUCCUCGAUACGAUCUUGCUGUCGCUCCAGAGCGGCUUGGAGCUGGCGCUGGACCAUGCGGCGACGAUGGACAUGGGCCACAUGGUCGUGCGCUACCGUCGGUACCAGCCGCUCAUCAUGGAUCUCAACCAUAUUCUGGUCAUCCCGCACAUGGCGGCCGCGUUCGGAUCGCAUGAGACGCUUGAGACCUACGUGGCCAUGCUGCGCAUGCUUGGCGGCAUGAACAUGCAGGUGCGCGUGCCGGAAGCGCGUCAUCACGUCGACCACGUCGACGACCGGGCGUGGAUUGGUGCGUUCAAUCUGCACUUGACGGUCGCGGCGAUGCCACCGGCCCUCUUCAAGGGCCUGCGAUUGCUGCCGCUGGACGUCUUUCAGAACGUGCUACAAACGCUCUUGACGACGAUCCACGCGGCGCUGCCAGUGUCGACCGACGCGCACGUUGGCGGCGUCGACAGCUCGCCCGUGUCGUUCCACUACCCGCUGCAUCAUUUACUGAGCCGCGUGAUCCUCGAACACCUCUCGCUACCCGACGUUGCGCCGCUGGACCACUUGUUGCCACCGGCCAAGGUCGCGGCGAUGCUCGAGCCGCCGCUUCGGACGCUCGUCUGGGCGUCGCAGAUUGCGAGCCAGCUCUGGGUCCGCAACGGCAACGACCUCAUGAUCCGGCAGCUCACGAGCUACUACAACAUUGGGUACAACCUCUCGUUCCGGGACCUGGACGUCGCGCUCGUACAAGCCAGCGUCGUCGUGCUCGGCCAUUCGUGCUUCAUGUCGGCCUUUCUGCGCCAGUACGAUCUGAACGGCCACUGGCUCGUCGCGGCGGGGCCGGAGAAAUGCCGCUUGUAUGUGGCCGACUGCCUCCUCAAGCUGCUCUGGCUCGUCACGGAGCUGCCGCCACCCGCGACGCAGCCCAUCGAGGUCCUCCUGCGCCGUGAAGUCGUUCACUUUUUGAGCUACCAGCCGUUCUUGUACUCGGCGCUGCGCGAGCAAACGGAGCCGCUGUACGCACGCCCAGGCCUCGAGUCGGUCUCGGACGACGCCAAGAACAAGCAGCUCAUGGCGGUGCUCCACGACGUGGCCGACAUGUCGUCCACCACGCCAAACGACCUGACACCGCCCAAGUUUUCGCUCAAGCCAGCGCUCUACAGCGAGUACGACCCGUGCUUCAUCCACGUGAGCCCGAUGAACCACGUAAAAGCUCAAGUCGCCCGCCAAGACGCGCUUUUCAAGACCUGGACGCCGUCGAGUCCGUGCAUUCCGAUGGUCCAGGCGCUUCCGCCGUGCCAUGCAUCGAUGCAGCAUUGCCGGGAUCUCGUCUUGUCACAUGACGUUUUUGCGCUGCUCCGUCUUUGUCUCGCGGACGCGAGUGACGAGUCGGUGCUCAGCCGCCUCGUCCACGUCGUCACGGUGCAGCUUCUCGUCGUCACCGCGUCAACGGCCGACGGGGUAUGGGACGAGCUCCGCUGCCCGGACAACAACCACGUGCCAAGCUCGGUCGUGGCCGAGACCGCGUCGACGGUGCGCGACUCGCUCGAUGCCGCCAUCAAGGCGUCUGCGAUGGACGAAGGCGCGGACGUCGCCCGGAGCAGUCUUCUCGCGGCGCUGGCCGAGAAAGCAAUGGCGUUCCGCGAUACGCUCGAAGCGUCGACCAAGCCGCUCCUCUCGGCGCUGCUGUUUGUGCUGCAGCGCAUCCAGACGCUGUGCCCACGCAGCGCGACGUUUCUUAACCGGACGGUCUUUCCGCCCGCGACGAAUAGUCAUGCGCCCAUGGACCCCAAGGCGCGCCUCGCGCUUCAAAAGCUCAAGCAGCAGCAAGCCAUGGCGGCCAUGCAGGCGCGUCAGUCCCAGUUCGCCACCAUGCUCGACGACGACGACAGUGGCAGUGACAAGGAUGAUGACGCCAUGGGCCAGACGACCUCGGUCCAAGCAGCGCCCGAGUGCAUCAUCUGUGCCCAGGUCAAGAAGGACGAGCCGGUCAUGUUUAUCGGGCUCGCGCAGACCGUGCCAUCGCUCACGCGCCACCGGUUCGACCCGAUUGCACCCACCAUUCAUGUCUCGCUGUGCGGCCAUGCGCUGCACCUGCCGUGCGCGCAGCAGUAUCUCUCAACUGUCGCGCGCGACGUCGGCGCGUCGCUUCUGCAGCAGCACGCGAUCGCGUUUGAUGCAAGCAUGGGCGAGUUCCUCUGUCCGCUCUGUAAAGGCCUGAGCAACUCGAUCGUGCCGUUCGUGCCGCGCCCCAAUACGGCGCCCACAAGCCUCGAGAGCUACUUUCAAGGCGCGAUGCAGCCCGACAAAAUCACCGACUUUCUGCAGUCGCACUUGCCGUCGCAGCUCGUGAGUGCGCCGCCCAUGGAGACGGUCGCCAAUGCGUUUGAAGGACUCGCUGCGUAUUUACACUCGCUUCGGAACCUCCGUCCGGUCAACCUCGCCAACCCCGUCUCGAUCGUCCGCAUCGUGCUCGAUUCGGUCAGCCAAGCGUUCGAGACAGCACAGCUCCGCGGUCUCUCCGUCGCCUUGCAGACACUGGCGUACGAUGCUGACGCCUUGCCGCUGUCACUGGCGCACCGACUGGGUGUUGGCCUCCCGCUGGACGCCGAGAGCGCGCUGGACCCGUUCACGCCGCGCGACGACGCCAAGCUGCACGCGAUGCUGCUGCUACUGCGCCGCCUGCCCGUGAUGAUGCCGGCGUCAACGUUCCACGACGUCGUGCCGACCGCCCUCGCGGCGGCGCUUUCGGGUGACGCGGAGCUCGUCACGGACGCCGCCUUUGCGACGCGGGUCGCAUCCGGCAUGCUGCCGUCCUUGGGCUUGCCGCUACUGAGCCACGAUUUGUUUGGGUCGCUCCUACUCACGUGCUCGGUCCUCCGCGACAAGGCGGAUAUGCUGUGGGCGAUUCGGGGCUUUGGGUGCCUCGCGAUCGUCCAAGCGCUUCUGCAGUGCCUUGAGCCCGUCGACGAUCUCGUCGAAGCCGACGACGGACAGACGACGACGGUGACGCCGGUGACGGCGUGGCGUCACUCCAUCGCCGAUGUCCUUGGCGUGUCCGUCGCACCGACCGCGCCGUCUGGCGACCUUCUGCACUUGGCCUUUGAGACGACGGUCUUGAGCUUUCUGCGCAAAGCGACGCUACUGGCCCGCGCAAUCUUUCGUGGACCUGACGACGACGACGCGGGCUUGUACCUCAACUUUGUCAACCACCUGCAGCUCUCGACGUCGCUGCAUGGCAUGUGCCAGCAGCUCGGUGUGCCGCUGCCCGCCGAUCUCUUGGCGGCAACGUCGUUCACGCACUAUCUGCACGCGCAAUUGAAACGCGUCACGACGGUCGUCUCGCCGCACGCGUGGAAGCACCCGAAUGACGCGCCGAUCGUCGACGCCACGGCGGCCAACCUCGCGGCGCUCCCGCGGCUGGCGCUGCGCCGCCAUGACCGAAGUCUCUGGGCCGCCCACGUGGCCCUCACGCCUCUCGCCCGCCGGUACACCGACUUGUACGCGGUGAAUGGCGCGCAUCUGUGUCCGAAAACGGGGCUUCCGCAAGAGUCGACCGCGCUCUGCAUGCGCUGCGGCGUCGCUGUCUGCGCCGGCACCGACUGCUGCAAGCGCAGCGGCCGCGGCGCGUGCUUCCAGCACGUCGAGCACUGCGGCCACGGCAACGGCGCCUUCUUCCUCCUCAAAGCGUGCAGCAUGCUGCUGGUGAGCGUACAUGGCCGCGCCUGCUUCUUCACGUCGCCGUAUGUGGACGAGUUUGGCGAAGAAGACAUUUACGUCAAGCGCGGGCGGCCGCUGCACCUGCGCCCGAAGCGGCUGCUCGCACUACUGCAGCACCUCUCUGGGCACUCGGUCGCACCCGAGGUGUCCAAGGUGCGCCGGACCUCCGAUCAGUACAUCCGCGCCUACUUUUAUUAA